AUGGCGAUGUCUAUGGGACAAGGAGUAGAACAUUGUGAUGCAAGGUUGUCAGGGUUUGGUCUGAAGGUGAGUGGUACCUGGAGCUUGCACCUCCCCAAUGUCACCAGAGGAAAGGCACGAUCCCCAGAGAGAAGGCCUGAAAAUGAGCUCAAUGACGCAGCUCUGUGUUAUCAGAUGUCAUCCCAGGCUCUGAUCUCUGCAGAUUCAAAGCGCUGCAAGACUGCUGCAUCUCUCAGCCCCUUGCUGAUUGUUGGAGUUUCUUUUGGUCUUCAUGAGUUUUCACAAAUCCAUUAUGAUGCUGUGAAGAUUAAAAUUGAUCCUGAGUUAGAAAAAAAGCUGAAAAUGAAUAAAGUGUCAUUGGAAUCAGAGUAUGAGAAAAUAAAGGACUCCACUUUUGAUGAGUGGAAGAAUAUUCAAGGACCCAGGCCUUGGGAAGAUCCUGACCUUCUCCAAGGAAGAAACCCAGAGAUCCUUAAGACUAAGACAACUUGA